AUGUCCUUCAACUUCAACGAUUCUCUCAACAGUCUGUCCACCACCUUCUCCCCAUGGGCCAAGCGAACCCAGCGAAUGGUCCAGGAGAAGCUCGGCAACGUGGAGGACGUGACCGAGCUCCCCCAGGAGUACCUGGAGCUGGAGGCUCGAGUUGACGCUCUCAAGAUUGUCCACCAGAAGCUGCUCGCCGUCACCUCUAACUACGAAAACGAGGGCUACGACUACCCUCCCAACCUGCGGGAGUCCCUGUCUGACCUGUCUAAGACCAUCACCGAGAAGGUGCAGGGUCUGUCCCAGGUGUCUUCUGCUGCCGAGGCCCAGUCUGUGCUCACCACCCCCGGCUCCAAGAAGGACCCCAAGACCAUGAACCAUGCUCUUGGCCGAGCUGCUCUUGGUGGUGUUGCUGCCCUCAAGGAGGCCGGUGCCGACUCUGACGACCCCCUGUCCGAGUCUCUCCAGAAGUACGCCAUUGCCGAGGAGAAGAUUGGUGAGGGCCGACUGUCCCAGGAUACCCUGAUCGCCAACAAGUUCAACGCCGCCUUCCACACCACCCUCAACACCUCGCUGCAGUUUGCCGCCAAGGCCCGAGCUAACGUGCGAAACGCCCGUCUGACUCUGGACGCCGUCAAGGCCUCCGCCAAGGCAGCCAAGCCUGAGCAGCAGGGAGCCGCUCGAGCUGAGGUCGAGCAGGCUGAGGACGAGUUUGUCGCUGCAACUGAGGAGGCUGUUGGUGUCAUGAAGAACGCUCUGGACACUCCCGAGCCCCUGCGAAACCUGGUUGAGCUCGUGUCCGCACAGUUGGCCUACCACAAGCUCGCCUACGAGACUCUCAAGGACCUGCUUCCUGAAGUCGAGGAGCUUCAGACCACCCAGGAGACCAAGUACCGGGAGUCUCGAGAGGCUGCCAUUAACUAA